UGUGUGCGUGAUGAUAAUUAAUGUUCAGGCAUUAAAACCACUUGUUUAAUAGUAGUAAAAUAAAUUCUUUUCAUCACAUAAAAUAGAAAAGAACUACAUUUAAUUAACUUCUCAUAUAACUCGCCCUGUUCAAAUACGAUAGAUUAUAUUGAUUAUUGAUCUAUCAUUAUUAAAUCAAUAACAAGCAUUUAAGUAACUAUAGAUCAAUGAAUAAACGAAUGAAUUAAUGUAACAAGAAGAAGAAAACGGUGACGACAACAAAGAAGAACUUCUGAUCAUUGAACUCAUCAUCGUCAUCAUUUAAAAGAUCUAAUUAAUUAAUUAAAAUAUCAAUGUCAACAUUUUCAUUAGAUCAAAUUCAUGUUCAAUCUAUUGAUGCCUAUUAUGAUCCAAAUAGUAAAACAGAAAUAAUAGAAAAAUCUAAUUUCUUCAAAUAUAAAAGUCAACAUUUUCAUUGUCAUAUUAAAUUAAUGAUAAAUGAUGAUUGUAUAACUAAUCAACAAUAUUGGACUAUUGGUUUAGUACAAGCAUGUUAUAAAAAUUAUAUAGAACAACGUUAUAAUAAUUAUGGUAGUACAUUAUGGGAAUUUCAUCCAAUUAAAACAGGACGACAUCAAAUGAUUAAUGAUAGUGAUGGUAAUCAAUAUCCAUUUUAUGAUAUUUUUAAUAGUAACUAUGUAAUUCAUCAUGGUUAUAUAACAAAUAAAUUUAUUCAAUUACAUUAUAAAGAUUAUUUUUAUCCAACAAUUGCAUGGCAGUUACCAUAUUCUCAUGGUAACAGUAAUAAUGUACAAUUAACUGAGAUUAUAAGAAGACAACAAUUUUGGGUAUGGUUAUUAGCAAUAAAACAUGGUCGAAAUUAUAAAUGGAAUUCAUAUAAUUUAAUUAAUAUUGAACAAGAUGAAUUAUAUAUAUUAAAUACAAUCCGUUGGCAAUAUGAAUUACAUAUCACAUUAGAUCCAUAUCAACCAAUUGGUAAACGUUUAAAACAUAUUGAUGAUAUCCAGUAUGAAAAACCAAUUAUAUUAGAUAAGAAUAAAAAAUUACCAUUAUCUGCUAUAAAUCCACCACAUUGUAAUGCGGCACAAUCAUUAAUAUGGUAUCCGAAUAAUAAAAAAGAUCAACCAAAAUUAAUUAUCCCACCAAAACAAAUUAUUGUACCAUGGAAACAAUGGUUAAAUGAUAUGACAUUAAAUGGUAAUGAUGAAAUGAAAAAAUUAAAACAAUGUCAAUUUGUUGGUGAAUUAUUACAUGAUAAAAAAAUCGGUAUUAUAAAUUGUUAUAGAAAUGAUCAGAAAUUAUCAACAGAUCUUGUUAAUUUACGAUCACGUUCAAGAGGUUGAACGGGAUCAUGAGUACAUUUUACAAAUUCUUUUCUUUUUUUUCUUUCUUCUUUAAUGAUCAUAUUUCUUGUGAAAAAAAAAUCAUUCAUUUCAAUGAAUGAGAUACAUUACCUUUUUGUAAGAUUUUUUUUUAAUUAUUUAAAUAAUUUCAAUGUUUCGUCCAACAAACUUGUCUGAACUUCUUCAGGGUUUUUCUUAGUUGGAUGAAGCGAUUUGUCUGGUUAAUUUCGAUAAUAAAUAGACUUUAACUUGUUAAAUAAUAGACUGAUCCUCCGUUCUCGUUUACGGCGCGGAUUCUAUAACUUCUUUAUGGUGUAGUGUAAUCGUGAUCCGCUGGUUUUUACUUGUUAGAGGGACAAGCAGCACACCCAAGUUGCACGAAAUUGAGCAAUAACAUGUCUGUAAUGCCGUUAGAUGUCCGGGACCACACGUGCGCUACAAUGACAGUGCCAACGAGUCUGGAAACCUGGCCCGAAAGGGUUUGGCAAAUUGUUUCAUCACAGUCGUGACUGGGAUCGGGGCUUGCAAUUAUUCCCCGUGAACGAGGAAUUCCUGGUCCAAUAAGGCGCAGUCAAAUACGUGCUCGAGCUAGAGCAGGAUUCGAGUCUAAACAUGUGCUCCAGAAUGAAUGAUUGUCUUCUGUCGAGCCCCUUUAACGGUGCUUGAUGGCAAUGUGUUUUGUUCGACCAAAAAUCUUUAAUAAACCAUGGCUUAAAUGAGCUCUUAAUGGGGUACAAAAUCUUGUUUUUCAAGCAUUUAG